CACUCACUCACUCACUCACCCACUCACCCACCCACUCGCUCACCCACAGCUGCUGCUUGUCAUGUUGAUCGUUGAUCGUUGAUCGGCUUCACGCCCUCACCUGAAGAACCCACUCGUUGUUGUUUGACUUGUUUGACGGGAUCCCACCACGCCAGGCCGUCACCAGAUACGUCCAACUGCGGCUCCACCCCGGAAAUAAGACCUUCGUCUAUCACUCGCUCUAACUUGCUGGUCAGUCUCUCCUGCAACCUGCGUGCUGCUGCUGCGACUUCUUUUGCGAUACCCUUGCCUUUUGCCCUUUGCCUUUGCCUCUGCCUCUGCCCUGACCUGCCCUGCCCUUGGCCGCUUUCCCAUCUGGUCUUAAUGGGCCAAUUCACUCGCUAGCAUCCGCUCUUCCUCUCUUCCUUCAACCUUCGCUAGUCUACGACCCAGUACUGCUGCUGCUGCGCUGCCAACAUCUGCGCGGCAACCCCGUUCCUUUCAGGUUUUUGUUUCCACCUCCCAUUCACCGUUGCAACAAUAUCUGCACCCUGUACGCAUAGUUCUCAUAUGGUCGGAUAGACUCUCGAACCCCCCUAGAGCUCCCUCGUCGCAUCUCUGCCGCUCCAGUCGAUCCACGUCCAUGUCCGUACGCGCACCUGCGCUUGUCACUCUGUCCAUCUAUUCCAACACCGACCGGUCAUCGCUCUUUCACGUCGAACUCUGCUCUCAAGCACAAACAAUCGACCGAAGAUAAAACCAAGAGAUCUUCCUCAGCUCUACAAGCCCCGCCAGGUCUUCACUGAGUCGAGUUGGGGUGUCCGGCGUCUCGGGUGAUACCUUCCACACAACAGCACCCUUAAUCAACGAACCUCUAAUGCAAUAGACAUCCAUUCGAACCGCUGUCACGCCUGACUGUACGAUUCCGUGGGCGACUCCUUGAUGCGUGACUGAGGAAAAGCAUUGCGAUGCAGUAAGAGGUGGAAGACUCCCCAUCGCUAAAGGCUCAAGCCAAUCCUUCACAAUGGGCUCACUUUGGACCGUCCUGUUCUUAUGCACAGGCUUUGUCUCGCUGUGGGUUACACCAUCUCAAGGCCUCGACAUUUCUUACUGCUCUCCGGACAACAACGCCGGCAGCUACCAAGGCCACUACAACGAGUUCCAAUCAAAUGGAGCCUGUCAACAGCAAUGUCAAGGUUCUUUUGCCUUUGCCGUCCUCCAAGGCUACUACUGCUGGUGCUCCAACUACGUCCCUACUCCCCAGGAAAGCACGUAUAACUGCAACCAGCAAUGUCCUGGCUUUACCUCGGAAUGGUGUGGCAACACCGACUCUGGUCUUUAUGGAUAUUACCUCUUGAGUGCAGGAGUCCCUCUAGGAACCUCGGGUUCGACAUCCAACACCCCCUCCACGACAUCCUCCCCUUCCUCCAGUCCAUCAUCGUCGGUUAGUAUUGAUGCCUCCACCUCCACCCUCACUUCCAAGCCCGCAUCUGCAUCCACGUACUCCUUGGAUACUGGAUCCCCCACUUCUUCCCCUGCUUCUGAUACCUGGAAAACUGCCUCAUCCGUGGUAACAUAUGGAUCGUCUCAGAGUUCUGAUGGGGCUGGCGUUGUGACUUGGUCAAGCGACACCUCGAUGAGCUUAGUGAGCUCCACUACUCCCACGACCCCUCCGCCGUCGACGACAGAUCCGCCAUCAACCUCAAGCAGUCCAACCCCGACUGAAAUAUACACCAGCGUCACCACUGUAACGGGCGAAGUUCGCACUGUGGUUGUGACACCAUCUUCAGCUGCCACCUCGGAUGCCACACUUGGUCAGAGUUCGACUGGCGGUGGCGGCGUCAGUACGGGCAAAGUGGUCGGCAUAGUACUAGGCGUUGCUUUGGGCAUUGGCGGUGUGAUCGGCACUGCAGUGUACCUCUGGUUUCGCAGGCGCCACAAGAAGUUGCAGCAAGAACACGGAUCGGAAACAGCUUACCUUCCUCGCACAGGUGAUAGUUCGCCAUCCAACAACGUUCCGUCGCGGCAAGUUAGUCAGUUGUCGUCGUCAGGCCUAUUGGGGAGUAAGAUUCCCCGAAUCAACACGUCUGGAGUGACUCUGGGCAACGACCUGCGGAGCGCCGACACUAGCUCGACGGGCUUCGAUCGUCGUAGCCUAGGCACCGACCAGAGACUGAACCCUUAUGCGUUGUACAUCCAUGACGAGAGUCGCCUUAGCAAUGUGUCUCUUCAAGACAACCAGGAUUAUUCCAGGCAGUUACGGGUCGCCAAUCCAGACCCUUGAAACACCAAUAUCAUGGUCGACAUCCGGUUAGGUACAACUAAUCUUUAAUGAGAAUCCGCACAGUGAACAAAAGGAGAGGGAUGUGCGCCCCAAGGAAAUGAAUUCUACGACGAGACGAGCUGUCGCUUUGGCGACCUGCAACAGUUGGUACACGCUAUCCCUGAAUCGGAAUUGGAGGCGUUGUGUGGGCGCAUUGUACAUUUUAGCAUAGCAAAAGAUGGCGCAUAGCCACGGGAUACGCAGUGAGGACAUGUACGCAUUCAGACCAGGCGUUCGAUAUAUGGGAGAGGGCACCUUGAGCGGGACGCCGGUUGACGCCCAUGGCGCCCAUCUUGAGCGUCGAAGCAUUUUUGUAUCAUGUCCACGGGCGGGAACAUUGGGCGACCACGUCGAUCUGUACAGGACCUGGUCUGAGUUCUUUUUUCGCCAGGUCUACUUGUAGGUUUGGGCCGAGGAAGGCAUAUGGGUCUAUAUAGAUGAAGACAAAAGUUGGCUCCCCUUUUUCAUUUCUCCGUGUUGAGGCGGUGGGUAGAGACAGGUGGCGAACUGGGGCGCUCAGGUAGC